CAUUACAAUGUCAUUUAUAUCGCAACACUUUACAAAUAAUGGCUGUUUUAUUAACUUCAUUAGUAUUAGUAAGCUGCAUUGUAAUUCUCUUUCGAUAUUACGCCAAGUAUAAAUUAAAUUAUUGGAAAAGACGUGGAGUCGAUUCAUUGCCAACGGAUUUAAUUUUCGGCAAUUUUAAGGAUGCCGCACUUUUUAAAACUGCACCUGGAUCGUAUCUCGGUGAAUUACAUAAAUCCGCUAAUACAAAUGCUCCAAUGUUGGGAUUUUAUAUUUUUCAUAAACCAUGCAUAAUUUUGAGAGAUAUAAAUUUAAUUAAACAAAUUAUGGUAAAAGAUUUUGAAAAUUUUACCGAUCGUCAUUUUGCUGGUGCACAAGAAAUAGACAGUAUUGGAAUGAGAUAUUUAUUUGGAUUAAAUAGUCCUGCGUGGAAAUAUUUGAGAUCAAAAAUUACACCCUCAUUCACGAAAAGUAAAUUAAAAUUAAUGUUGCCAUUGAUGAUGGAAACUGGAGAAGAAAUGAUGGAAUUUUUAAAAAACGAAAAAACUGACGCUAAUGGAAUUAAAAAUGUUGACGCUGAAGAAUUAAAUUAUAAAUAUACCAGCGAUAUAAUUGCAUCAGUUGGACUUGGAGUGAAAUUGAACACGUUUAAAAAUCCUGAUUCUGAAUUCUCUAAAAAUAUGACUCAUUUUUAUCACAGUCUUAGAAGAAUGCUAGCAUUGGUUACUGUUUUCUUUACGCCUGAAAUAGUUGGAGUAUUUGGUAAAAAAGUUCUGUUUGACUCAUCAUUCCUUGAGAAGAUUUUCUGGAAAUCAAUAGAAUCAAGAGAAAAAACAGGACUCCAUAGAGGAGAUUUUGUUGAUUCUUUACUUAAAUUAAAGAAUGGACCACAGAAUUCCAAUUAUAAAUUUGAAGGCAAGAAUCUUUUUUACCAAGCAGGAACAUUUGUUUCGGGUUUUGAAUCCAGUUCGUCGGCCUCGUCAUUCACAUUAAUGGAAUUGGCGAAAUAUCCUGAAUUUCAAACGAAAGCACGUGAUGAUAUCAAUGCAGCAAUAGAAAAACAUGGAUUAACUUACGAGGCAUUCAAUGAUAUGAAAUAUCUCGAUCAAUGUAUUGCAGAAGGUAUUCGGCUUCAUCCUCCAGUUGCCACAGUUGACCGUUAUAAAAUGAAAGAUUAUCAGGUUCCAGGCACUGAUAUUGUCCUCGAGAAGGGAACAGCGAUUUAUGUUUCGCUUUAUGGUUUACAACAAGAUUCCAGAUUUUUUGAAAAUCCUUCAGAAUUUAAUCCAGAAAGAUUUGACAGCGAAAGUGAUGUUUCCGAUGCUUAUAUUCCAUUUGGUGUUGGGCCACGAAUGUGUAUUGGUAUGAAACUUGGACAACUACACGUCAAAGUUGUAAUAGCAAUGAUUUUAAGAAGUUACGAAGUGAUACAAUUGUCUAAAGAUGAAACUAUUUUGGAUAAUCGAGCAACAUUAACUGUUGCUGCUGAUGGAAUUAGUCUUCAAUUUAAGGAAAUUAUAUCAUCAUAGACGCGGAAUAAAACAGAAAUUAUUGCUCUUUUGCUUGUGAGCAAUUCCAUGGUAAAUGAUCAUGGAAAUUUCGUUCAGGUAAGGGAUUUAGAUGAAACUGCAGGAAUUGAUUCUUUUGAAUAUGUACAUAACGAAAAAAAUUGAUAAAGCUUUUUUUGAAAAAUUUUAAUAAACGUAGGAGAUAUUGAACUUUGAAAUUUUUCAACCUUUUAUUUUUGAAAUAGCAUAACUUUUUAUCAGUAAAAGCUAUAAUUAACCUUUAUGGGACUGAGGAAAAAAACACCUUCUAUGGACGGACGAGGCACCAGGGUAUCUAUGUUUAAUUUAUUAAAGAUUUUGUAUCAAAAUGAGUAGUUCAAUUAACUUUAAGUAUAGUGGACAUUUUAAUGAAAGUAAUAAUCACAUAAUAUGAAUACACUGUAAAAAGAAAGUCUUAUUUUAAGGCCGAAAAGAGGUCUUAUUUUAAGAGGCAACAUUUAAAAAAAAUUGACCUCAAUAGCUUUCACUGAUAAAAAGUUAUGCUAUUUCAAAAAUAAAUGGCUGAAAAAUUUCAAAGUUCAAUAUCUCCUACGUUUAUUAAAAAUUUUUCAAAAAAAGCUUUGCGAUUUUUUUAGUUAUGUAUACAUUCAAAAGAAUCAAUUCCUGUAGUUUCAUCUAAAUCCCUUACCUGAAAGAAAUUUCCAUGAUCACUUACCAUGGAAUUUCUCUUGUAAAUUAUAUACUAUUCUAUUCUAUUCAAAAAAAAAAUUUUAUUUUAUUGAUUCGAGACUGUUUUACCAAACGCUGUUUAUUAUUUGUUUAUAAUUUUUUUUUAUUUUAAAUCAUUUUAAAUACCAAAAUUUUAAUGUUUUUAUGCGAUAUUUAUAAGUUAAGGACUCUAAAUAUUCUAUAACGUACGUUUUAACAAUGUAAAUUAAAUUAAGCUUGUUUUUAAAUAAAAUAAAUUGUUUUGCUUUA